CUCCGUGUUGUGUCGGUUCAGUUUUGCGUUAAAUGAUGUCCGAAGUGGGAAGAAGCCGAACGAUAGUUUUCCUACAUGACAAAUUUACGAACAGAAGACGGGACAAGUACGUGUUGUGUAUGGUUCAGGCAUUUGGAAAAAUGGGCUAUCAAAUAUACAUUUAUACUAGUCAUUUUGACCUUUCGGACUUCCAUUUUGACGACCACAUACACAUUAAAUGGACUGGAACUUACAUGCCAAACAGUCUCUUCGGCUAUUUCCGUUGGUUUUUCUCCUUCAUAAAGGCAACUUACACGGUAUUCAAGGUGUUUAUGUGCCCACCUACAGCCACACCUGAUGUGGUGAUUGUAGACGUGUGGUUAUGGACUGUAUACAUAUUGAAGCUGUUCAACAAAUACGUGGUGUGUUUAGAGCAUCUACCCAACACAGGAAUUUUGGACGACCGUCUCGAGUACUCGAAAAACGUUUCGAAUACCAAGUUGCAAAUGAUGAAUUUGGCAGAUCAAAUUAUUGUUGAAAGUGAUGGGAUAGCUGCGUUGGUCAAAUACCAUUAUCCUCAUCUAAAGAAAAAUAUAAUAAUACUCUAUCGUCCGAUUGACGUUGGACUUUGGAACAAACCCACGAUUAAUAUACACCGAAUAGUUCCGGAUUUGCCUUCGAACAUGAUCAUUUUCCUGACCAUCGGAAAGUUUGCGCCAGCCUCCAACUUGACACUUACUUGCGAAGCUUUCGGUCUUCUUAUCGACUUAAUCAACGACAAAGACUUGACGGACAGAUUCCAUUUGGUGAUAGCGAGUAACUGCAAGACUUCAACCGAGAACAUUUACUGCGCCGAACUAAUCGCCGACACUGUGUGGCGUAGCUGGUUCAGACAGGUCACCUUCCUCAGACAAAUGCCCACUAUUCACGAGAAAACGCUCAUUUGCAACGCACUCGUCGCAAUCCAUCCUGCUCAGAACGAUUUAUUAUCGGAUUUUGUGCUCAAGGCGAUGUGCCUGGGCAAACCCAUCGUGGCCACCGACAAAGGAAUGGCUUCUAAAAUUAUCACGCACAAAUUUAGUGGGGUGUGUCUGAAGCCGGACGCCAUGGAGUUCGCCAAGGCUUUGAAAGAGUUGGUGUUAAAUCACGAGCUACGUGAUUUUUACAGGAAGAACGCCAGGGACAGGUUCCAUUGCUGCUAUUCAUUUUCUAUGAUGUGCAGGAAGCUCAAUUCCAUAGCAACCAAAUUAAGAGAUCAGAUACAUGAAAACACGAGGAAUUGAUUUUAUCUCGUAGAGAGGAUUGUUUGUACUAUUGAUUAAUAAAUUGAAUUAAAUUGGAA